AUGGGAAAUCGUCGGCUAGCAGACAUGUUGGGGGUCGAUUUAGUGGAAGCAUUGCGGGAAGAUGGCGAAGAUGGGCAUGGCUGCGCAAGGGAGUUGCGAUUCAACUCUGAGAAUGUGGGUGUUGGUGAGGCACUUGGAGCAGAUAGUGAGGAUGAUGUAUAUGUUUAUGAGGAGGGGUUAGAGAGUGGUGAUGGAUUUACAGAAGGAGAUGAGGAGGAGGAUGAAGAAGGAGAAGGAGAUGAGGGAGAAAUACAGGGGUCAUAUUUUGAGGAAGUAGAAGUUGAUGGUGGCGUUGAAGAUGAAGGGGCAGAGGCAGGAGGUUCUUCUUUCAUAACACUAAAGAAGGGCAGGAGUUAUGCUAGGCAAAAGGGUUUUGGUAUAGUUAGGGCUGCUUUUGGGUGGGUGGAUGUGAAGAAGGAAUUGAAAAAGGGGAAGUGUUGUAAGCAGAGAAGGAAUGCUAAGUGGACUUGUGACUGUUAUGGUUACGCUUCAAGGAAGCGUAGACAGGAUGCACUUAAGGAAGGGUUGUUGCAAGAUGAGGAGACAGUUCAGAAACGAAAGACUAAAAAGUGCGGGUGUCCUGUGGAGUUGUAUGCCAGUGUUAAUGAGGAAGGGAACUGGGUUAUUCGAAGGCUGAAUUUGGAGCACAAAGGUCACAUUGUUACUCCGGGAAAGUCAAAUGAUGUAGCGAUGUACCGGAAGCACGAGUUAAUGGUGAAAAAUAAUCAUUUGGUCAAGCAGGUGCAUACGGCGAAGAAGUCUAAGGUGAAGGUAUCCCAAAUGUACAGUUGUCAUGCUCGGGAGCGUAAUGGAGUGGAGGAGAUGACAUUUACGCAAAGAGACUUGGAGAAUGCAGUGGCUCAGAAAAUCAGACUUGAGCUUACUAAGGGUGAUGCAAAUGGCAUGAUAGAGUACUUCAACAAAAUGAGUGCCGACAAUCAAAAUUUUCUCCAUCUAUGUUGGUUUGGGAAGGACGGGGCAUUACAAGAUGUUGUGUGGGUAGACGCGAGGAGUAGAGCUGCGUAUAAGGAGUUAGGAGAUGUUAAGUGUUUUGACAGUACGUAUUUGACAAACAAAUUUCACCUUCCCUUUGCUGUGUUUAUCAGUGUGAACCAUCAUGGGCAGAGUAUUUUGUUUGGGUGUGCAUUAAUCUCUCAGGAAACGGCGGAGACCUAUUAG